CAAUCCCCCUGCCUCAACCUCAGGAAAAGCUGCAAUUAAAUGUGUGCACGAUCCCCUUCAGCCAGAUUUGAGUAAUCUCAGUAACAGGCGUUCAAGCUAUUUUCUCUAUCUUGGAGCAAAGACUCAAGACUCUAGGACCCUUAACGUGGGCUUUGUAACACCCACGUUUUAACCUUUACGUCUUUUCUCCUUACUCCUCCUAUCCGCACUGGCCCGGGUGUGCUGUAUCCUCUAAAACACCCCCUUUCAGCGCAGCCGGCAGCUGGAAGUCUUCACUGACCUCUCGCUCUCCGCCCUGCCCCCAUCACGGAUGGGAGGCCGUCUCUGUACCUCCUCCUCUUCCAGAUGUGUGCCAAAGACCCCCCAGUGGAGAGGAUGAGGAAUGAUGUGACCUCGCAGCUAGACUUGUGGGAAAGUGUUGAUCCUUUGAAAGGAGAGAAGGGGAAGUGGGGGGGGGGCGGGAUGGGACGAGUGGAGCCGCUGGGCUGGAGGAGUCUAAACACUCACACUCCCUUGGCUCCAACCACUUUACCUUCCCCAGGAAGUGAUGGGAGCGCUCCAGUCUAUUCCUACACUCCUUCGCUGGAAUUAGGGAGUGUUUUUCCUCAUUCGCUUCCAACCCCAAUCCACUCAGGGGUUCCCUCUUCCCGGCGAGCCAGUAUUCCAGUUCUCUCCUAGGCUUCCUCGGUGCCAGCCCCUCUCAAUACUCCACCACGCUUCACCCCUUGGAGGCGGAGCUGGCUCGCCCCGACUGUUCCUUUAAGGAGUUGUCCCCGCCCCUCUCGGAAUCGCGGUCUGACGCGGGAUGACAGCAGCGAGUUCGGUAUGUCUAUGCAAAUAAGUGUCCCCUUCGGGCCAAUGGGGAGCGGAGGUGCCGGAAGCGCGGACCAAUAGGGCGGGGGCGCUGGGGCUCACCAUAUAAGGAGCGGCCUCGCCAUAAAAGGAAACAUUGUAUCUCUUUAUAUGGGGGGGGAAGGGUUGGGGGAUACCUCCGCCGCCAGCGCGUGGUCCCGGCCCCCUCCACCCGCGGUCUCGGCCGCGGCCAGCAGCCCCUGCCCCCCGGGGGACGCUGACGGCCGCAGGCCGCGCCUCCACAGCACACGGACAGGGGGCGCUGCGCGCGGCCUGGGGCAACCCCGGUCAUAGGGGCAGGAAAGUAAGGGCCCAGGUCGGCCCGGGCGUGCAGGGGCCGUGGGUUCGCAGCGGCGGCCGCGGCAGCGAGAGCGGCUCUAGCAGCGACGGGAGUGAGUGCCCGGUGGAACCGGGAAGCCGAUGGCGGCGGCGGCCCCGAUUCCUCGCUGACUUGCCUGUCCGCCCUCCUGCAUUGAGCGCCAUGUUACCGAGCCAAGCUGGGGCCGCGGCGGCUCUGGGCCGGGGCUCAGCCCUGGGGGGCAGCCUGAACCGGACCCCGACGGGGCGGCCGGGCGGCGGAGGAGGCGGUGGGACUCGCGGGGCGAACGGCGGCCGGGUUCCCGGGAACGGCGCGGGGCUCGGCCCGGGCCGUCUGGAGCGGGAGGCUGCAGCGGCAGCGGCGCCCACCCCGGCGCCCACCGCCGGGGCCCUCUACAGCGGCAGCGAGGGCGACUCGGAGUCCGGCGAGGAGGAGGAGCUGGGCUCCGAGCGGCGCGGCCUCAAGCGGAGCUUGAGCGAGAUGGAGCUCGGCGUGGUGGUCGGUGGGCCCGAGGCAGCGGCGGCAGCCGCCGGGGGCUACGGGCCGGUGAGCGGUGCGGUGAGCGGGGCCAAGCCGGGGAAGAAGACCCGGGGCCGCGUGAAGAUCAAGAUGGAGUUCAUCGACAACAAGCUGCGGCGCUAUACGACCUUCAGCAAGAGGAAGACGGGCAUCAUGAAGAAGGCCUAUGAGCUGUCCACGCUGACAGGGACACAGGUGCUGUUGCUGGUGGCCAGUGAGACAGGCCAUGUGUAUACCUUUGCCACUCGCAAACUGCAGCCCAUGAUCACCAGUGAGACCGGCAAGGCGCUGAUUCAGACCUGCCUCAACUCGCCAGACUCUCCACCCCGCUCAGACCCCACCACAGACCAGAGAAUGAGUGCCACUGGCUUUGAAGAGCCGGAUCUCACCUACCAGGUGUCGGAAUCUGACAGCAGUGGGGAAACCAAGGACACACUGAAGCCAGCAUUCACAGUCACCAACCUGCCGGGUACCACCUCCACCAUCCAAACAGCACCCAGCACCUCAACCACCAUGCAAGUCAGCAGCGGCCCCUCCUUCCCCAUCACCAACUACCUGGCACCAGUGUCUGCUAGCGUCAGCCCCAGUGCUGUCAGCAGUGCCAACGGGACUGUGCUCAAGAGUACAGGCAGUGGUCCUGUCUCCUCUGGGGGCCUGAUGCAGCUGCCCACCAGCUUCACCCUCAUGCCUGGUGGGGCAGUGGCCCAGCAGGUCCCUGUUCAGGCCAUUCAGGUGCACCAGGCCCCACAGCAAGCGUCUCCCUCUCGUGACAGCAGCACAGACCUCACGCAGACCUCCUCCAGCGGGACAGUGACGUUGCCCGCCACCAUCAUGACGUCGUCUAUACCCACAACUGUGGGUGGCCACAUGAUGUACCCUAGUCCCCAUGCAGUGAUGUAUGCCCCCACCUCGGGCCUGGCUGAUGGCAGCCUCACCGUGCUCAAUGCCUUCUCCCAGGCACCAUCCACCAUGCAGGUGUCCCACAGCCAGGUCCAGGAGCAAGGUGGUGUCCCUCAGGUGUUCCUGACAGCACCCUCUGGGACCGUGCAGAUCCCUGUUUCUGCAGUUCAGCUUCACCAGAUGGCUGUGAUAGGGCAGCAAGCUGGGAGCAGCAGCAACCUCACCGAGCUCCAGGUGGUGAACUUGGAUGCCACCCACAGCACCAAGAGUGAAUGAUCCGCCCGCCACCCUGGACAGACGGCCACGGGACGGCACCACUUAUUUAUUGUUGCCUUUUCACGUUUUCUUUACACACAUCGACUGGCCGAAGGAGGGGGCAGGGAGGAGGAGUGGGCAGCCACAGGACUAUGCCCUCUCACUCCAGCCAAAGAAAUGGGCCUGCCUGCCCUCCACCUGCCCUCCCUCACCCUCCCCUCUUUCCUGCUCCACCAGUCAUGCUGUUGAUGGUAGAGCCAUCCUCCCUCCUCAGACCCCUUGCCAGCUUGGCUCAAUGUUUGCUAUGAGUAUUCGCUUACCCAGUGGGACUGUGCCCACCUUCCCACUUACAGGCCUUCUGUGGGACUGGGCACAAUGUCCCCCUCUGAGGAAGCAUUUGGGGCCCUCUCUCCAGCCUCUUUGGUGACCUCUGGUUAGUUCUGUGUGCCACAGUCUGGGUCAAAAGAGCCCUGCCCCUG